UUAAAGGAAAGAAAAGCCGAUAUGAGUUUGGGUUCAUUUCGCUAUACUUUGGAACGCUGUGAAGAACUCACUGGGGCUUUACCAUAUUAUCAAUCUUGGACAGUUUAUGCAGUUCUUUUGAUGCAACCCUAUUCUUCUUUAGAAAUACUUGGCUUCGCUUUUGAUACUAAAACUUGGUUAUGUUUAUUCAUCAGCUUAUGUUUUACACUAAUCUUAACUUAUAUACUCCAUCGUUAUAUAAAGAAAUCAUGGUUGGCGCGGAUAAUACUAGGCAUACCACGACCACAAACACCUUUAACAAAUUUAGUAAGCGUUUUUUUAGGUGUACCGAUUACACCUAUGCCAAGCAGCACAUAUACAAGGUUUGUUAUCAUCCAUUGGUUCAUAUAUGGUUUACUAAUACGCACAGCAUAUCAGAGUUUACUGUUUCAACUGUUGCAAACUGAUAUGUAUCAAGAACCACCAAAAACAUUAUCAGAUUUAAUAUCAAGGCAUUAUACAUUGAUUAUAACUACAACAGCUUUUGAUCAAGUGAAAAGAGUUCCCCACAUAGAUGAAACAGACAUUAUAUUUAACAAUAGCACAUUUGAGCCGGACACAUUUGCCAUUGUGGCCGAAAACAGCAACAAACGCUUAGCAGGCGUCUCUCCAAUGGACUUUUUAAAGUUUUAUGUUGUCAAGAACAAUAAACGUGGCAUUUUCUUUGUUUUACCUGAAAAAAUUUUUACCCAACAUAUUACUAUGUACUUCACAAAGCACACAUAUUUAAUCGAUCGCUUUAAUUAUAUAUUUAUGCAAUUGAGAAGUCAGGGACUCAUAGAUUACUGGGCUUCAAAAAGUAUUGAAAAAAUCAAAUGGCCUAGUAAAAAAGUAGACAGUUGCUAUCCAUUAAACAAAUCUGUUAAUGUGCAACAAUCAAGCUGGACUUUAUUGGACUUCGAAGUUCAAGACUAA